CUUUCUUUAGACUGAAAAACAACAUAACCUCUCAAUCUCUCACAAAAACUAUAGUGUAUACUACUCUUUUAUAAAAGAGCAGCAUACAAUGGCUUCGAUGAUGACAAUGGAAGCAUGGCUUGCUCAUCUGGAAAUGGAUCAAAUUCCUAUAGCUAGUUUAAUCGACAAUAACUCAUCAUAUCAACAAUAUCACCAAAGUGAAACAAUGGAAGCUUUUUUGGAUGAAGAACUUGCUGCUACACUUGGGGAAGACUUCCCCUACUCUGAUAAUUUUGAUUGCAAUCUCAUCGAACAAUAUUUAUCAACUCCUCUUAUAUCCGAUUGCACCGACAACAACAUUAUCAAUGAUGGCGAUAAUAACAAUGUUGAAGAGAGCAAACCAUCUAAGACAAAGGGAGCGGUGAAAAAGGAAGCGGUGAAAAAGAGAGCGGCAUCUAAGAAGAAGGAAGCGGUGACAAAGGAAGCGGUGAGUGGAGAUACGAAAAGGAAACGGCAGCCAAGCCAAGUGCAAGAUCACAUUUUGGCUGAGAGGAAGCGUCGGGAGUUACUCAGUCACUUGUUCAUUUCCCUUUCAGCAAUUGUUCCCGGACUAAAAAAGAUCGACAAAACAUCGGUAUUAGGAGAGGCAAUCAAACAUAUGAAGCAACUUCAAGAGAAAGUAAAGGUACUUGAACAAGUAGCUGCAAAGAGAACUGUGGGGUCCGUAGUUGUUGUGAAAAGAUCUAAAGUCAUAAUGGUCGACGACAAUGGCAGUAGUGAUAAUAAUGGUAAUGUAUCUUCUUCGACUGUGGAUGACUCUUGUACAAGCGCCACUAGUGGAAGAAGCGCCAAUGGUGGUGGUGGUGGUGGUGACGGCGGCGGCGGCGAUGAUAAUGUUUCUUCGUUACCUGAAAUUGAAGUUAAGAUAUGUGGCAACACCAUGCUUUUAAGAGUUUAUUGUGAACAACAGAAAGGGAUAUUGACCAAGUUAUUUGCAGAGGUGGACAACCAUGAUUUGAGGAUUACUAAUUCUAGUGUUGUACCAUUUGAGGAUUUUGCACUCGACAUUACUAUUGUUGCACAGAUGGAAAUUGGUUUCAACAACAAAGUGAAAGAUUUUGUUAGAGGUCUUCGGAAUGCCCUUCGGUUUAACGAGCUACCAACGCCAUGAAUCGAGUGAAGAUGAACAUUGCUCAUAGCUUGCACCUUCUUUUAGCUAAUUAACUAGUUUUUGGGCCCAGGCGAUGCCCCGGGUUACUACAUUAAUAACAUUCACUUUUAGUUAUAUGUGUUUUGUUUUCAAUAAUAACAUGAAACAUGUAAUAGCUUAGUGGUAAAAAGCUUUAUUGUUUAAACUCUAGCAAACUAUAUUUGAUUUUAUUUUUAAUGUAUAUGCAGAUUACAUGGAGCGAACUACUCAUAAGCAGAGCGCCACGUGUCACGU